AUGAAUAUGGAAGGACAACAAUAUUGUAAAGUUAGAUAUCCCUCUUCUGUUGAUGAAGAAACGGCGGUCCUUAUGAAAAAAGAAAUAUUCUCGUCCAACUAUUUUUGUUCCUCCAAAACACCAUUAUUUAAUGAUAAAUAUCCAAUGCACGUAUUGCCACAUCCAGAAAAUCCCAUCGUUUUUACGCAUAGAAUUUCAUAUGAUACGGGAAAGGACAUUUACUAUGAAAAUGGAAUUACCAAUAAAGUAUAUCUAGAAUUUUGGGACCGUGGAAUCCUCGAGUUUAACAAUAUCGUAUAUUAUCCUUCAUAUGAUCAUACUCGCAAUCAGUCUUGUAGAAUUGCAUAUUUAACUCGGGAUAACUUUGGCGAAAAUUUCAGGAAAUCAUCCUACAUUGUUUGGAAAUUUGAUUAUUCCCCAACAAAUUUACAGAUUUUGGAGGGAACCGUUAGAUUACAACACUCCACAUUAAAUCCAGAUACGCAAAUUGUGUGGUAUAUAUGUAAACUAACUGACAACGAUCCUACAGAUCAUAAAAAUUUAAAUUGGAAGAUAAUUUGGUUUAACCCAAUCAUAAAUCAACGUAAUCAACAUAAUCACUUAUACAUCAACGUACUAGAUGAUGUAUCUAUUACCUACUUGAUUAAAGGUGGGACAGGAUUUAUGCUAAGAGUUGAAUUGAGAGGCGGUCACACUUGGGAGGACGCGCAAUUGUUCAGACAAAAUAUGGAUGAAAGGGAUCCUCAAGGAUUGUAUGCUCAGUCAGAGACCUCACCAUUUGGGAUGGAUAUCAGGAUUAAAUUGAAACAAAAGAAAAUUGAUGAGCAUAAUUCCAAGAGAUCUAUCGUGUAUCAUGCCUCCACAAAAGAAGAAAUUACGAAUAAUCCAUCCGAUCCAUUUGUAACCGGAUUAUUUAAUAACACGUAUCGACUUAACAUUUUACCACAUCAAGAAAAGUCAAACACAUUCCUGCAUAGGAUGUCAUAUAAUGCUCGAACGGACGCGUAUUAUGAAAAUGGAAUCAUUGAAAAGAAAUAUUUAAGGAUAUGGCGAAGAGGAACAUUAAAGUGCAAAAAUAUAGCUUAUGAUGCAGAUGAUCGUUCAAAUACGAUUUAUUUGUGCAAAAAUCCAUUCUCUACAGUAUGUUCCCCUUCGCUUAUCAUGUGGAAAUUUGAUUACAGACCCGGAAAUUUAUUAAUUUCAUCAUUAUCUGUAAAGCUUGAUACCGCGAUGGAAAGGAACUAUUAUAUAUCGUGGUCUAUUUUAGCUUUGCCCUCAAAUAAGAAUCAAAAUCCUGAAUGGAAAUCGAUAAAAUUUGAGACAGAAAUGGUUUCUCAUGAUGUGGUAAAUUAUUUUUCCUGGAACGGUAGAAUAGAUAUUUCGGAUCUUGUCAAAUACGAAUAUGGAUUUAUUUUGAAAGGGGAAAUCGUGUAUUGUUCAAGAGAACUUUCAUGGAUAGAAGCAGUACUUUUCAAACAGAGAAUGAAUAAACCUAUGCCUUUAAUGGAUGAUGAUGAAAAUUUCGGGAUGGACAUUAGAGUUGAAUUGGUUCCUGAUAUAACAUGCGACCCAUUACCUUUGAUACAAUGGAAGGGUAAUUUCUCUGCGAUCUUGAACGAUAAAAGCACUUGUGACUUUAUCAUAAUUCUAAAACAAAAUGAAUGCACGGGAGAAUUACAGGAUUGCUUCCCGGAUUUUAAAGGUUAUUUCUAUGUUCAUUCUCAUAUUCUCUUGGCGUAUUCAGAUUAUUUUAGAGCGAUGUUUAAUUCUAAUAUGCUUGAAGUCAAUGAGAGAAGGCUUGAGCUUUGUGGUGUUUCUUAUCUAAUGAUGGAUAAAAUUCUUUAUUUUAUGUAUUAUGGAGAGAUACUUCCUGUUAAUGGGUUGAGUCAAUGGUAUGAAUUACUUUAUGGAGCAACAAGAUUUUUUGUUCAAACAUUGAUUCAACGUUGCGAAAAAGAAAUUUCAAAGUACGUGACCAAAAGUAAUAUAAAUGAAAUUCAUGGUCUAGCGAUGGAUUGUGGUGCGCAACAAUUGGUUAGAUAUUGUGAUAUGUUUUAUAUAGGUGAUGAAAGUUAUGAAAACCGAAUUUAA